GACUUUCAAAACCCCUUUAUAGGGUUUCUGAUUGGAAGAGAAGGAAUUUGAAUUUCUUGAUAUUUCUGGCAACAAUGGAGGAAGCAAAUAUUGAAACCGGAAAACCCUCGCAAACUCUAAUCGCUUUCCCUCCUCACUGUCGAAGACACCUCAAGAGCGGAACGUACCGUACCUUGGUUCGAAUACUAUCUCACUGCUACGACGAGUCGCAGCAUUCAGCUGCCGAUCAAAAUGUACCUCAAGAGCUUAAUCAAGAUAAUGGCAGCAUCGAACCAGUGCAAGCAACUGAAAAAGAAGAGCUGGAGAAUGUUGAAUUGGUUGGUCCUGGCAGUAUGGAGCCUAAGAAUUCGGCAGCUGAAGAAGUCGGAGUGGCUGAUGAGAGUUGUAAUCCUAAUGAUUUUCAGGAACAAUUAGAGCAGAUAAAGAGUAUACUGAACGUGGAAGAAAAUGAGGAUUUUUCCAAACUGAACGAAGUGAUGGACAUCGAAAAUAGCCUUGCAAUUGAUUUUCAAGAUUUGGAUUUCGAUCCUGAGCAGAUUCUGAUGGAUGAGCCAGAGCGGAUGGAGAAAGGAAAUGAAGACGACACUCAUAGACCCUCAGCCACAUCAUUGGACCAGAACCAGAGUGGCAGUGAUAAGGUUGCAUUGUUGACUAACCAAGAAGAACAUGAUGCAACAGUGAUAUCUGAAAGAUUGGAUGUAGAGCCUAUAAUGCAACAGAAAGCAAUGGAACUGGAGACUUAUGUAUCUUCCGAAGGUGCAAAGGAAUCUUUUAUUCCCAUUACUGAAGUUGGAGCGAUUAAGGAGCCAGAAAACUUUAGUCAAAAGGUCCCUGACUCCUUUGAUUUCUCUUUAAAUAAGGAUAUGGUUGCUGAAGCUUCAAAGCCUGCUGAGUAUAGCAAAGACAAAAGUUCUUCACGGGAAAAUAAUGAUUUAGAAGUAGAACAUGAAAUGCAGCAAAAGGAUAAGGAACUGGAGGAAAUAGUUUGCACCAGAACGGCAAUAAAUUCUCCCAGCCAUAUGAGUGAAGAUAUUGAAGAGGGAGAAAUUUCUAGUGACGAUGGGAUGGAUGACAGAUCGAAUGAUGUGCUUUUGCAUGAUACAGUAGUGUUGGAGGAAAAGAAAGUUCCGGAGUUGCAGAUAUUUAAAGAUGUACUUGAUAGAAAAGAGCACUCUUGUAAGGUAGCAAAUGACAAAGAUUUUGGCUCCAAUUCCUUUCUGGUGGACAUGGUUGACGAAGGCAAAAUUGAUAGAGGGGCGGAACUCAGAGAAAGUAGUAGAACUGAGAUGAUUUGUAGACCGGGGGUUGUUGAGGGUAAAAAUGUGAAAGCCUUAAAGGUAGAUGACGCUAAUCCUUUGCUAGAGGGUGGAAGAAUUGAAAUGCAAGAUAAUGGAGUGAGGAUGGGUAUUGGAUGUCCAGCUGCCGGAAACCAUGGAAUCACAUCUGAAGAAAAGUGGGAUGAUGGUGCCUGUAAUAAAAGAAAGCGUGGUCCUCCAACAAAGGAAAAGAAAGAAAAGAAAAAGGCUAAAGAACGAAAGAAACGAGCGGAAAAGAACAGGGAACUUGGUGUUAAAAGGCUGAAACUGCAUCCAAUACAGAAAGCAAAAACUGUAGCAUAUUGCCGCCAUUUUGUGAGGGGAAGAUGCCAUGAGGGUGACAAGUGCAAAUUUUCACAUGAUACGGUGCCUUUAACAAAAUCCAAGCCCUGCGUCCAUUUUGCUCGUCAGUCAUGCAUGAAGGGUGAUGACUGCCAAUAUGAUCAUGAGCUCUCCAAGUAUCCCUGUAACAAUUUUAAAGAAAAUGGUUUCUGCAGCAGAGGUGAUCGUUGUAUGUUUUCACACAAGAUGCCAUCCAAUGAAGAUAGUGCAACUGCUGCAUGUAAACCUGAAUUGAAGCCUCCUAUGGUGCUGAAUAAUUCCAGAUCUCAACACGUAAACACUGGUGGUGCCUCCCAGCAGAAUGUCCAUGCUUUGGCCAACUCAACGGGGAUCCAUUCUCACAAUAAUACUAAACAGAAUGUGACACAGACUGUUUUGAAACAACCUGAACCAGCUAACAAAGGGAUUAGCUUCCCCCCUAUUCCGAAAUCAUCGUUGGUUCAUUUCAGUAUGUCUAAACAAGAAGGCUUAGCCCCAGAUAGGAAUAAUGGUGCCAAAGCUGGGAACCAGAUAGAUCAAAGUCCAUUAAGUUCUGUUCAAACUUCCACUGAGAUUGUAAAGAGAAUUCCACCAGUAACCACUCCUAAAGGAAUAAAUUUUUUAUCAUUUGGCAAGGCUUCACCAGAUGAUGCAAGGGGUAACAACCAAGUCAGCCGUCAGACAAGCCCAAGUUUGUCAGAGACUGUCAAAAACUUGAAUGGGAUGCUAAAGGCUAAUCAAUCGGCUGCACCACAGGGAACACACUUUAAUCCUUUCGGGAAAUCUUCGGUAGCUAGUUCUAGUAGUGAGAAACCAGUUAGCUUGCCUUCAUUUUGGAAUAAUGGUAGCAAUAUUGAUUCCUGUGAGAGUCAAACUACAGCUGAUAAACCUCAAAAUUCAAGCGGAAUCUCGUUGAGGCUGCCACCUUCUCCACUUACUUCAGGUCAAUCUUCAGAUCUCAUAGCAUCCAGGUUUUGUAAAGAUACAGCAAAUUCAUUCCAGAGGGGACUCUUUUCUACCCUAGCAUUUGCAGCAAAGUAUAAAACCCAAAACAUGAACCAGUCAAUUGGCUCUACUGGUGCUCAAGUUGAUAAGGAAACUAGGAAUAGCAGUAUCAGUGACAGGUUUGCAGAAUGAUUCAGCAAAAGCUUUUAGAAUUUUAGAUUUCUCGCCCCUUAUUGGUAGAAACAUCAAGCAGUUUGCAUGGUGUUAAACAGUGAAUUGUGCCUUGGGCAGAAUUGAGUGACAAGAAGGGUCCCCUUGCAACCAGAAUCAAGAUUGUUAUUUGUUCAGUUUGGUCAAAUACACCAGAAAAGGUACAAAGCUAUAGGUGGCAUCUUGCGUGCCCUUUGCCUGCACAUGUAGUAAGUCCCUCACUCGUAUAAUUUCAGCAGCUGUCAGCAAAGUACAGUUUGCAGUUUUCUUGUUUACACUAUUGUAAGUAAUAUUUCCUUAUAUUUCUUUAAGAGGCAGUUGUGAGUCUAACAGGUAAAGGCUAACUUUAAUUCUUUUGUUUUAUUUUAUUUUUCAAAAGGAAUUUAUAGGAGUUUGAUGGCUUCAAUAUAAUGGAUUUUGGUGACUGAGGAUCUUCUUCAUUGAAUGAAUUUCAGGCUGGCUAAACUUUUGUAACUGUAAAUCAAUUAUACUCGAUGGAUACCAAUCUCAUGUGACUGCCAUCUUAACCUUGUUCUUGUUGCUUUCAUGCUCCCGUUUAGGAAAAAACCUAACUUUUUUACUGCCUUGUUAUAUGGAGGACAGAUGUACUUGAAUGCAACAUUUGCAUCCUUGUGUUCAGUGUGGAAAUCCAUCCACCUUCGUUGGCUGCCGGAAUCGAUCUUAGGUAUUGGCUUUACUUACCAACUUGCAAUGGAUUACUUUAGGGCUACUCUGAACGUGGUUAGCAGAUUGCAGGUUACUUGUAAUAGCAAGCUUGUUGAGUCAUAUGCCCAUUUGUAUCCUUUCUUGCUACCUAUUGAGAAGUUUGACAAUUAGAUUGAAAGCCAAAGAUGUCACUACAACAAAAGCUGGGCUGUGAUGCAUUUCCAUGUGCCAGAGAAAGCAUUGGAAUAUUGUUGAAAAGCUUCAGACAAUUACGGUAUCAAUGCACUAACUUAUUAUCUGCUCUCUGCUAAUAAUCCAAACUAGUCUUGGAUCUGAUGAAGGCUAGAAAGGAUCUACAUGUUGAUGUUGUCUCCAAUCCAGGAGUCAAAUUUACAUUAUUUGUAUUGUACCACACAAUGAAAUUACAUCUCAUAUCGUACAGGCAUUUCUGCAGUCCAUGUGAAUGAAAUGAGUUGUGGACAAGUGGAGCCAUUUUUGCCAUCACG